CGUGGGCGAAACGCGGCAGCCGAUUGGACGCAGACUCGAGACGAGACGCGCUCUGAACCAGUCUGGGCGGGUGCGAGUUGGCACGUAUGGGCAGCCGCGGCACAGUCGCUCCUGUUACUCAUUUUAUGUCGAGAUAAAGAGCGGGCAAAAUGCAAAAGCAAACAUGUUCUGACACAGCAUUGAGCCGGGACUGAGCUGGUUUUACUCACCCCAUUGGAAACAAGUCUGAGCUGGUGUGGCGAGGCGGAAAUCACACACGCACACUCGCGCGCAAACACACACACACACACACACACACACACCGAAAUAUUGAAUCAACAUCAGGUUUGGAGAGAGCAGAGCUUGGGCGAGACGUGGGGAAUAAGUGAUGGAGAGUUUCAACUCGAGGGACCUCGCCAUGCAAGCGCAGAAGAAGAUCUUGAGUCGAAUGGCCUCCAAGAGCCUCGCGCACAUGCUGAUCGACGACACGACCAGCGAAAUCCUCGACGAGCUUUACCGGGUGUCGAAGGAGUUCACCAAAAACCGGGCCGAGUCCCAGAAGGUCCUGAAGAAUUUGAUCAAGGUGGCCCUCAAGAUCGGGGUCCUCUACAAACACAACAAGUUCAGCGCGGAGGAGCUCGCUCUCGCCGAAGACUUCAAGAAGAAGCUGCACCAGGGCGCCAUGACGGCGAUCAGUUUCUACGAGGUCGAAUUCACCUUCGACAAGCAGGUGAUGGCCGAGAUCCUGAGGGAGUCCAGAGACAUGCUGCUCCGGUUGGUUCAGAGCCACCUCACCCCCAAGUCUCAUGGCCGAAUCUCGCACGUUUUCGAUCACUUUGGGGACGUGGAGCUCCUCAGUAGCCUCUACGGGGAGGUCGGGCCUUAUCGGUCCCAUCUCGAGAAGAUCUGCCAGGGAAUGAAUAAACUGGUGGAGGAAGGGAAGCUAUAGAGAGAGAGAGAGAGAGAGAGAGACUGCCCUCCCCUCCCUCCCCUCACCUUGCCUCCAGCCAUCUCCAAACCUCCCCGUUCCUUUCUCUGCUGCCCGCUCAUCUCUCAACCUGACCGCAGUCGGCCAGGUUCUCCGUCGUGUUGCCCGCGCCGCCAUGGCGGGGGCUCGAAAGGCGUGACGGGGUAGGGAAAUGCCGCGGGAUGUCAGGCUCCGUCCAGUUCGAAGGGGCUGUCGUGUGUGUUUUGUGUGUGUGUGCGUCUGUCCCGACUCCUGUGUGUAUGUCACGGGCUGGACGACAGGUGAACUGUUCAUGUCAGGCACACAGACACACACGCACACACACACACGCGCUCUGCGUCAGGUACACAAGCAGAAACAUGUACAGACAAGAGGCACUGUCUCUCUCACACACAAGCGCACACACAUAACAUGUCACACAUACACACACACCAUAUGUCGCACACAGUAGCACACCUUGUCUCACACACACAAAUAACAUGUCACACACAGGAACAGUCACUCACACACACACACACACACAAAUGCUCUGUCAGACACAAGGUCACGCAGACAGACAGAAACACUGUUACACACACACACAUGGGAGUGUCAUACACACAGACACAAGAAACACUGUGUCACGUACACAGACACACACUGUCACGCAGACACACCAAGAGACACGGUGUCACAGAGACAUACUGUGGUACAUACACAGUCACCCUGGGUCACGUCACGUACGCACACAAUGUUUCGCAGCUUUCCUUUGUCGGGUCAACAAAUUCAAAAAUAAAUUUUAAAAAUUGUUUAGCAGUGAAA